CUGAUUGCUCUACCAAAACACUCUUUUCAUCCGCGGUCAAUGCAUAUACUACAAGAUUUUUGGGUUUCUCGGUUUACGUAUCCAACACAACCACCAAAGAAGAUGGAAUACUUUGUUUUAUGGACAGCAUCUUCACAGUAGAAACAUUACCAAAUCCGAUGACCAUCAAAUGCCUAGACUGCGAAAGUGGAAGAUACGUUAUAUAUUACAACAAUCGAACGCACCCUCCAUUUCCAGAAGGAUAUUCUGAACAUGCUUUUAACGAACUUUGUGAAGUUGAAGUCUACUCCUGUCGUUAUGGAUUUUUUGGACAAUAUUGCACUAAAAAGUGUAAUUCAAAAUGUAAUGGUUGUAACGAUGUCAAUGGUUUAUGUGAUUCUGGAUGUCAUCCUGGUUGGAAAGGAGACUACUGCGAUGAAGUGUGUAACAUUGGAUUUUAUGGUGCAGGAUGCAAUGGAGAUUGUGGUAACUGUCUUGACAUUAAUCAGUGCUAUCAUAUUGAUGGAUCUUGCUUAACAGGGUGUAAAGCUGGAUAUCUAGGAGACACCUGUAAAACACCAUGUGACAAAGGCUCGUUUGGACCUAGAUGUGUUGAAAAAUGUGAACGUUGUCGUGACUUUCAGCAGUGUUUCCUUAUAGACGGUGCGUGCUUGACGGGAUGUGAUCCUGGUUUUGAAGGCGAUCUGUGCAAGACAUCAUGUUCGCACGGUUUUUUCGGACUCAAUUGUUCUGAGACAUGUAUAGAAACAUGUGAUGGAUGUAACAAUGUCAACGGUGUAUGCGACUAUGGAUGUAUAUCUGGUUGGAAGGGACGUAUCUGCAAUGAACGUAAUGGCGAAGACGGCAUGAGACGCACCAGCCAAUCAACUCAACUGCGUUACAAGAUGAGGGCGACCGUUUGCCAGUAUCAAACAACAACGUUCCAUGUAACGAAUAUGAAGAAUUAGGGGAACUAGCUGUUGAAAUGUACGACACCGUUGAGUAAAUUCAUAAAUACUGAAUCAUUGAGGUGUUACAAGAACGCGUUAAAAUAAAAGAAACAUGUAUUUUGACGUCGACUGCGCAAAUGAAGGCCACAGAACUGUUGCUAUAUCAAUGAUCCAUACUGUAUUAACAAUGUUUACAUGUUAUUAACAAUGUUUACAUGUUUACUCACCUAUUUUGUUCAGUU